CGAAUCCAUCAUGCCAGAACCAGUCGACGAGAAGGAAUGGGCCGAGUCUAUAGGAUUUCCUCAGCUGCAUGAUCCUUUCAUUCAAAAAUACUAUCAGAGUAGAGAUGCGUUAAUAGAACAGGAAAACAAGCAACGAAGUGACCAUUGGUUCCGCGAGAAUCUCUCCCCAGCCGCACGUGAAGCAUGCGCCAUCGUCGACCAGAUCCGCUUCGAAGAGCAACAGACGCUAUGGACGCGGGACUACGAGGACUCGCUAGGGCAAGGAGAAGGGGACAUUUACCCGGGCAUGAUGUUCAUGCUGGCAAAAGAGCGAAUGGAGAAGCAGAGCAAGCUAUGGUCCAUUGUCAAGAAGAUGCCAAAAGGGACGCUCCUACAUUGUCAUCUACAGGCCAUGGUCGAUGUUGAAUGGUUAGUUCGGGAGGCUCUGGAGACGGGCUGUCUGUUCUUCAGUUCGCCGGGGAAGCUGUCCACGGCGAAGGAGCGGGUGAAGGGACCAUUGAACUUUGUGUUCCAGCCUGGGGAAACCGAUCUCUCGUCUGACAAGUCCAUCUGGACUGCGGAAUACACACCGAAUUCGGUGGUUCCCGCCUCCGCUGCAGCGGACAGCUUCCCCGAAGGAGGACGUGAUGGGUUCGUCGCGUGGCUCGUAGACCGCGGCACAGUCACUCCACAGGAGUCCUUACUGCACCACCACGGACUCAAUGAGAUAUGGAGAAAAUUCACCUCGACGUUUCUCGUCCUGGGGAACCUGGCCUUCUACGAGCCCAUAUACCGAAAGUUCCUCCAGAAAUUCUGGGCGGAGCUCGUGGAAGACGGCGUGCAGUACGUGGAUAUGCGUUCGACGUUUGUCUCCCCAUUUCUCUGCGAAGGGAAGAACGAGCCGGAAAAGGGCUAUAGCGAGCUGUUCCGAAUUACCCAAGAAGAGUUGGACAAGUUCAAGAGCUCAGACGUUGGCAAGGACUUUUGGGGCGCCAGAUUCAUCUGGACCACCAUUCGGUCCUUCGAUAAAUAUGCCGUCGUCGAUUCCAUGAAGGAGUGCAUUGAAAUCAAGAAGCAGUACCCCGAACUCCUCGCUGGCUACGACCUCGUCGGCCAAGAAGAUCCUGGAAGGACCCUGGACGACCUCACCCCCGAACUCUUCUGGUUCCGCAAAUCCUGCGCGGAACAAGGCCUCGACGUCCCCUUCUUCUUCCACGCCGGCGAGACGAACUCGUCCGGCGGCGCUACCGACCACAACCUGUUCGAUGCCAUCGCCCUCGGCACGCGACGCAUCGGCCACGGCUUCUCCCUGUUCAAGCACCCCCUCCUCAUCGACCUCGUGAAGAACAAGAAGAUCCUGAUCGAGACCUGUCCCAUCAGCAACGAGAUCCUCCGCCUGACCGCCUCGAUCCUCCAGCACCCGUUGCCGGCCCUGCUCGCCCAAGGAGUACCCGCGUCGCUCUGCAACGACGACCCGGCAAUCCUCGGGCAGGGCGCCAGCGGGAUGACGCAUGAUUUCUGGCAGGCGUUGCAGGGGUGGGAGAACCUGGGGCUGGCGGGUCUGGGGUCGCUGGCAGAGAACAGCGUCCGGUGGGCGGCGUUUGACGAUUGCGAUGCGAAGGAGUGGCAGAAGCAGCUGCGAGAGGGCGCCAUGGGGACGGGCGUCCGAGCCGAGCGGUUGAAGGAGUGGAUGGUCAAGUGGGAGCGGUUUUGCCAGUGGAUCGUGGACGAGUAUGGGGUGGAUGAAAACACCGAUCCGGCGGAAUAGAGCGCGAAAUCGGGUCGCGAGAGCUUUGGUGAUGACUAGUCACAUUCAACACACUUCAAAAGGGUAUUCUAGAAUGGAUAUAGGCUCAACGCCGCCAUAGCAGCUGGAAGUAAUGACAUAAGGAGUUUCUUGAAU